UAAAAGACUCUCUGGAAGCAGAGUCCCUGCUCCCUUUCCUCUGUUUUAGCUGGAUGGCGUAGACAUUAUCCCUUCCUCUUGUGCCCCACCCUCCCCGGGGAAAGGUAAAUUGCAGCUGACAUUCAGCCAGAGUAUUCUGUCAAAGGCAGGUGGCGACCUUGAGUGAAAAGCACCUCGGGCAGGUUGUAUUUGGAAAAGGGACAGAGCUGUACACGAUCUCUCCCCCACCCACAUACAGUCCACAAGUGUCCUCUUCCUGCCCACCAAAAGUAUGAAAGGUACCAGGAAGAUGCUGAUAACCCAGCUGCAGAAUUUUCCCAGUGUGGUCCUCUUCUGCUCUAUUUUGCUUUUCCUACUUGUUGCGAUGAAAGAAUUGGAGUCUCUUUUCUCGCCACACCACAUCAAGCUCAAGCGCGGCCCUGAUUCCACAGGCAAUGAUAAGAGUGCAAUAGGAUUUGAAUGGGAAUCUGCGCUGGAGAGGACAAGGGAGACCAAGCCCUCUGUUCUGAUUUCCCCACCACCACCAGUGGCCACGCGGCAUCCCUUGGAGGUUGUCUAUUCCACUGAUUAUAAGUUCCUUCUCAACGAGCCAAACAAAUGCCGGGAGAGGAGCCCUUUCUUGAUCCUGCUGGUGAUAACUGAGCCCCAGCAUUUUCCCACAAGGCAGGCCAUCCGGCAGACGUGGGGCAACAAGAGCUCAGUGCCUGGGGUUUCCAUUCUUCGUCUCUUUCUGACGGGUGUCCACCCAAAAUUUGGAUACCCGCUCCAGGCCCUUUUGGAAGAGGAGAGUUCCAUCCACAGAGACAUUAUUCAGCAGGACUUCCUGGAUACCUACAACAACCUUACCCUCAAGACUCUGAUGGGCAUGGAGUGGAUAAGCAAGUUCUGCCCCAAUGCCACCUACGCGGUGAAGGCAGACAGUGACAUCUUUCUCAAUGUGAACUAUAUGGUGUCCCAGCUGCUGCAGCCUCACCUGCCACCCAAGAAGAACUACAUGACAGGGUACAUCUACAGGAACGCAAAGCCAGUGCGUGACAAGGCCUCCAAGUGGUAUGUGCCACGGGAGGUGUACCUCAAUGAGACCUACCCGCCCUUCUGCGCAGGCUCAGGGUAUGUGUUCUCUGGGGAUCUGGCCAAGAAGAUCUACCAGGUAGCAAAGACUAUCAAGGUCAUUAACAUGGAAGAUGUCUUCAUGGGAAUCUGCCUGUAUGAGCUGGGCAUCAGCAUGACAAACAGCCCCUUGGGUCUCUUCAACCCGUUCAAAGUCAAGUAUGAGAAGUGCAAGUUCUCCAAGGUGGUGGUGGUGCAUUAUUACAGGCCAGAGGAGCUGCUGCAGAUUUGGCCUGACUUUCGGGACCAGAACCAGACUUGCAAGAGUUAAAAGGGAGGGAGGUGAACAGACACUCUUGUGGAGAAGUUGGCAUAGAGGACUGGCAACAUGCGGGCAUGUUCCUGUACAAUGGACAAAUCCAUGCCAACAAAUUGUGAUGAGGAAGGGAAGGAUGGCUCAGAGAAGGAGGAAGAUACUGUGCUUGCCAAAAUGUGUAUUUAUGCCCUUAGAAGUGAGCUGGCCCCACAUAACAUACUCAUCGUGCAGUGUGGUCCGUUGCCAUUCACACUGCUUUCCUCCCCAUGGAAUCUCUGCAGCUGCCCAUAGGAACUUGUUUGGUCUGCUCUGAACUGACCACUAUGCUACUAAUGUGCCAAAUUGACAACUUCAGAGUUUUGAGAUCAUCACAACCACCACCUCACUUACUGGAAGAGAGCAACCCUCCGGCCAUGCAGGCAUAGUGUUGCCAUACAUCCAGGAAUUCCCGGAAAUAUCCUCUUUGGGGGGUCCUCUAUACCCAUCCAGGGGGAAUUAUACAUUUUAAAGCAAUUGUUCGCGAUUUUGGGUUUUUAAAUAUAUAUACGUUUUGUGUGUGCAAGCAGUUCUGUAUGUUUACCUCUUAAAUAUGGCAACCAAAAAAAAAAACCUCAACAAUUUUUGUGUCUGCACUAGGGCAAUGCAGAGUUCACCUGUUCCAACAUAUUGAAAUGCAGGCUGGUCAUCUUUAGAGUAAUUUUAAGCAGAUCAGUAGAAGUUUCCUUCACAGUAGGAAGCCAUACUCCACAUAAGAUAUGCCUCUUUGGAUUGUUGCCAGUUAUGCAAAAGACUUAUUUGUCAUGUUCUGUUGCUUUUUCAUAUAUAUAAAUAUCCAUUGCCCACCUGUGAGUGUGAAGGCGGCUCCCUGCAAGGCCCUGUCCAUCUGGCCUAGGGGGCGAGGCCCACACUCACCAGCCCUACUCAAGAGGCUCCUUAUGAAGCCGAAGGGACAUCGCCCGGCUAUUGUUUAAUUGAUUUAAUAUGCUGUAAACCGCUUUGAGAUUUUUAUCAAAAAUAUAAAGCGGUAUAGAAAUUUUAUAAAUAAAUAAAUACACACAGAGAGACGUACACUGUUUGUUUUCAAAGAGGUUCUCCCAAUACACCACACAGCGUUAUUUAUACAUGAAUCACUAUAAAGUCGUUAACACAACCAUUCCCUGUUUUCUUUGAAGGAUGAGAUAAGGUUUAAAAGGAGGAAAAAAGUGAAUCCUAAACCAGGGGAUAGCAUUCAGAAAAAGUAACUAAAGUAUUGUUAUACAAGUCCUAAAUUUUCUCAUGCUCCAGCAAAGUGGAAUUCACUGAACCCACUUCAUGGAAGAAAAACUGGGAAUGCCCAGAACCUCCCCCCAAUCCUAAAACACCUACACCCCGCAAAACAAAUAAAAAGCAUUAGAAAGCAGGCAGCAUGUAUCAUCCAACCCUCCCUAAGCCAAAAGAGCCUAGUAACUAGUUCAUCGUUAAAAAUUGGUAGGGGCAGGGGGGUAUUGAUGGACCUUGUAGUGCCCAUGGAGCUAUGUUGGGGAUCCCAAGAACAGACUUGAUCUUUUUGACUGAAUGCCUUUUUCACUUGUCAUAUAAUUUUGGCCUGAGAAUUAAGUGCCUGUGUAAGAAAAACCCCGUUGUUCCCUAUUUCAUUCAUAUAAUCUAUGUCUUUUGUUUUAUUAUGAAGUUUAUUAAACUGAUUCAUUUAUUUAUCCA